UAAAGAGUGUCCCCUCGCCGCUUCGUUCAGUGCAGUUGGCUUUUGCUGCGAGUUCCUCUGCUGUUUAAAAGGAUCCCAGUAAUGCGUUUCCCAACACGGACAUGGAGCUCGGUUUACUGCGCCCGUGGCCCUCCGAUCUCCUACUUAACACUUUUCUUUUUCUUAAAAAAGAAAAAAACAAUCUUAACUUCUGUGCGCAAAAUUUCCACACAUGCACAGCGUCCUCGGUGGCAUCAAACUUAAAUAUUCAAUUCACUGGAGUUUUCUUUUUUCCCUUCUUUUUCUUUGCCAUCUGCCUUUUCUGUUUUGAAUUAACCCUUUUAAAAAAAAAUACCCCACAGCUGUGUGCGAGUGUGCGUGUGUGUGUGUGAGUGUGUGAGUGUGUGUGUGUGAUGAGUGCGUAAAAGGAGCCACAAAGCGUUUUAUCUUCAUCCGCGGUUAUCGAGUGCAGUUUUCUGUGGUGAUAUAUAACCCGAAUGAUAAAGGAAAAAGUUAGAAAUUCGAUGUAAUCGUGUAUCACUCAUAGAUCCGCUCAGUUUUGUAAGUUGUGUGUGUCUUCUUUUCUUUUUUUUUCUUUUUUUUUUUGUUGCACUGCGUAGCCCAGAGUUAACAUAUGGCAUAAAGGGGAGCACAGCUGGAGGUAGCGUUUCCAUUGCGGUGAUGUCAGAGCAGCUGACUCCACAGCUUGCAGUGUAAUUAGCAAACAGAGCAGCAGUUUACUCACUCCGCACUGCUCUUAUUUUUUCACGCUAGCCUCCCUCCCCGAUGGACGAGUGCUAUCAUUCCCAGCCACACUUGCUUGUUCCGUAAACACCGCUGUUUUGUGUGCGUUUGGAAACGCACCGGCGCGUCGCUAUUCGCUAAAUUUUGGGAAGCGCAAGAAGUAAGCUGACCGCCACCGACCCGACUACGUCGGAGCAUUUGGAUCCGUGGAUCCGUUUACACCCGUGAUAGACAUGGGUGGGUGAGCGCAGCUCAGCGUGCCCCUGCAUCACUGGAAAGAAUGUAGGAUAUAUGUUCUCAAGUUGGAUAAAGUCGUUGAUGGAGACAUUUAGGUUAUGAAGGAAGAAUGGAGUUCCCAGACCAUAGCCGCCAGUUGCUGCAGUGUCUGAGUCAGCAGCGUCACCAAGGUUUCCUCUGUGACUGCACUGUUCUUGUCGGGGAGGCUCGAUUCAAAGCGCACAGAGCCGUGCUGGCCUCCUGCAGCAUGUACUUCCAUCUCUUCUACAGGGACCAGCUAGACAAAAGGGACGUUGUGCAUCUCAACAGUGACAUUGUGACAGCCCCUGCUUUCAGUCUGCUCCUUGAAUUUAUGUAUGAGGGGAAGUUGGAAUUCAGCACUCUGCCAGUGGAGGAUGUCCUGGCAGCAGCCAGUUACCUCCACAUGUAUGAUAUAGUGAAAGUGUGUAAAGGCAAGCUGAAAGAUAAGGAACUUUCCUCCCUGGAUGAAAAGAUGGGUGAGGGUUUGGGACUCAGCUGUCUGGACAGGGAAAAUUCCUCAGAUGGCGAGCUGCACAGUAAGCAGCUCAUCCGGCGACAGCCCCAGACACCGUCUCAGGGGCUUCACAGGGCCCCCCUGGCAGAAGAGUUUGACAUGGACAACAGCGAAGUCAGGCUGGCUGUCACAGAUUGUGAUAGGUCUGCACGGAGCAGGCAGAAGGCAAACGGUCACUCUGGCAGGUCCCCGGACCUUGUAAGUGUCAAUUAUGUGUCAGCAGAGGCCGAGCCCUGCGUCCAAACAGCUGGAAAAACAAAAGCUGAUGUCAGUAGUUCCACCGUAUCGCUGUCCCAGAGGUCCCGGGCUUCAGAUGACAUGGACUGUGCACUGGAUUUGUCUUUCAAGCCUCUGUCUAGCAGAGAUCCCUUACACCCCUCCUACGUCUCGGGACAGCUGGCCCUCGACAGCCAGCAGCAGGGCAUUGAGCCACUUGUUAAAGACGAACACGACUUGCUGUCAGAGCAGGAGGACAGUGAGCCGACGAGCCCUGAGAGCCAGCGCUUUGGGAAUAGUGCCAGGAGCUCAGUGGUGACAGGGUUCGCUGCCCUCUUCCCAGGCAACAACGGCUCCACAGCCGCCCUGCUCUCCCAGGAGGAGGACCUGAUGGACGAGGAGGGGGAGGCCUGCAGAGGGAGGGAGGGCGCCCCAGGCAGGGAGUUAGAGGAGAGGAGGGGUAGGCUGCUGGGGGACAGCGAGGAGGAGGAGGAGGACGACUUGGCCUCUUCAGACAUCUCCACCUCCAGCGGGGUGCUCCUGCCCCCGGGGCAACAGGUGUGUGUGUGCCCCCUCUGCAGUAAAGUCUUUCCCAGCCCCCACGUGCUGCAACUGCACCUCAGCUCACACUUCCGUGAAAAGGAAGGCGCUCGCUCCAAGCUGUCCCCCGAUGGCUCGGUCCCCACCUGCUUGCAGUGCAACAAGACCUUCUCCUGCAUGUACACCCUUAAGCGCCACGAGCGUACACACUCUGGCGAGAAGCCAUACACCUGUGGCCAGUGUGGCAAGAGCUUCCAGUACUCCCAUAACUUGAGUCGGCACGCUGUGGUUCACACACGUGAGAAGCCUCACGCUUGUAAGUGGUGUGAACGGCGCUUCACCCAGUCUGGGGACCUCUACCGCCACAUCAGGAAGUUUCACUGUGGCCUUGUCAAGACUCUCGCCAUUGGAUAAAAACACCUCUCACCAGUGCCAUGACAUAAGACAGAAUGUCUUUUCAUACACUGAAUACUACUUUUUCUAUUACUGAACAAUUUUUCCCAUUAGUGUACACAUGUCUGCAGAUUGUUGGAGACAUAUCUUUUGGAUUCUACCCCAUGUGGCAUUUUUCAAGUUAAAGAUGUAGCAACUUUAAGACUGGAUCCGUUUUCUGUGCUGGACUGAGUCAGAGGCAUAGAUGCUGGUCGGAGGCAGACAGUUGAAGGUGCACAGGCUGUUAAGAUAAACAUGGGUGCUGUGAAACUCAAGCUGGAUCUGUGUGGGCGAAGGUGAACAAAUCAGAUGAUGCACUUGUUUGUUUCUGUCCUGUUUGUGUCAAUCUGUCGUUGCGUUUAUUUGAGGAGUAUGUUUGCUGAAAGAAAAAGCAUCCUAUGUUCAUACCCUCUGGGUAGAUGGGUGAUGGCUAAUCCUAACAUAUGUUAAUACAAUCGUCAGAGUAGGUGAGACUUUGUGCACAUGGGAGAUCAGAACCGUCCGUGAGUAGCAAUAUAUGAUUUUUUUUUUUUUUAACUCCUACAUUAUAAUUAUUAUUUAUUAUUUGGGAUUUGUUUAGUCCUUAACAAAGUAAACUAUCAUAAGGCAGCAAAACUAAUGAAGUUUGACUACUGGAAGUAUGAUUAUUAUGAGUUUUUGUUUGAUUGAAACGAACCUGGUUAGAUUUUUAUGUUGUUUAUAACAAGAGACAAGCAGACCAUUAUAUCAUCACAUUUCUUUUUGCCUUGGGGAGAGUUACCAGCUCUUUAGUUGCUAAUGUGAGGGAGCGUACAUCGAUGAAACGGCCAUGUAAUUGCUCCUUUAAAAACAAGUUGUAUAAUCAGAGGAGGGAUGGAAAGUAGUUAAAAGCUAAUGCCUGUAACACUGGUGCCUACUGAAGUUCUCAACACUUCACCUAGUGUACUUACUAAAAACAAGAAUGAGAUAUAUUGCCAUGUGUUCUUGUCAUAUUCAGUGACUUUUUUUAAGGCCUUUUCAAAAAUCUGGAUUGCACUCCACAUACCAGGUGGUAACAAAGGUAAUGGUCUACACUGGAAUGCCAACUGAUCCACGAGUGUCCUUAAUUGAAUCAUUUACAAGAAUGUAAUAAAAACUAUGUAAAUCAAGUUCUUGUCAAUUAAAUGUUCAUUGACUCGUUUGGGUUUAAAGGCAGAUAGGUGCCAGUAAAUUACCUUGUUAUUUCCUGGUAUGGCGUAAAAGGCUACACUGACGCGGUGUUUAAGGCGAACCCUCAGCAGCCAGGGAGGGGGGAGAGCGGGAGACAGGUGGAUGUUCAGUGCUUUGUCGGCGCUGUUUGUUCAUCAAAGCUGUGUCAUUCAGCUGAAUCUACUGACUUUUCUUUCUUUUGAAUUAACUUUUUUUUCAUUUUUUUUUUUUCAUAUUAUUGUAUCUUCUUACUGUACGUGUGUAUGUUACUACUGAUGAAGCUGGAGCCUUUAGUGAUGCUAAAGUCCUGGAGAGAAUCUUCGGGCAGGAAAUGCGUUUCUUCUGUCUGUUCACAUAGAUGCUAUAUGAAUUCUUAACAGGGGGUGUAGCACUAAAAGUUCAUGAUAUUUGUCUAAUCUGUCCUGAGAAGACUUGAUCAGAAUUUAUUUAUUAGUUUGACUUGGUUCAGGGUUUACUGUAGGUGUAGUUCUUAUUUCUAUAAGCUUGAAAGACGUCGCGUCUUGCCUAGCAAUUUUGGUACUCAUUAACUGGUAUUGGGGCUGUCUGUUUAUUUCCUCUGUGCAAAUCAAGUUACUGUAAUUGUAUUUUAAUAUACCGUGUAGAAACCUCUGCGAGAGAUUUGUCACAUGGAACAUAGAGAAGCACUUGUUUUUAGCAUGCAUAUAGUUCCAACACUAUGUCUAGGCUGCUAUUUCUUACUAUUUGUAUAUUUAAUGUAAAUAUAUAUUCUAUUUAUCAAACUGUUUUUGUUUCUCCGUGUUACAACACACGUAAGGUCGAGAGAGAGAGAGUCAGGUGUCUUAUUAAGGCUGCAGUCUCUUAAAGUGUCACGUCUUCCCCGAGGAGUUUGAUUCCUUUUUUCUGUAUUCAAGGCUUGAUUGGACUCCGCCUCACUACAAAUCAGAGCGGUUAAUACCGCUCCGGCUGCUGUUCUGCCACAGGAAACAGUUGUUCACAAGCACAGCCACACUGAUACGGCAUUGGCUACCUAUAGAAAUGAGACAAUACAGGCAUUGUCCCCCCCCAACCCCCCUCCAACCCACCACCACCAGGUCCCAGGUAGUUCUCAAGGGAUCAUUGUGUAUCUCUCUCCUAGCUGUGGGGAGAAAAGCCAGUGCAAGUCUCUCUUUGCACUUUUCUGUAUUGAAUGGAGCCCUAGGAAUGUGAGAAAUGUAUUUAGCAAAGGGAGACCAAGGAGACUGUAAACAGGUGUAUUGUCUGGAGGCAUCAAAGAACAGCCCCCCCUAUCCCAGCAUGCAGUAGAUAAAUGCUUCAUUGUUCCUCUGCAUGGAGGAGUACCACGGUGAUUUGAUUGCACAUCUAUCAAGAGAAUAUCAGAGUUUUGUUUUCAAAGUGCUAGAUCGAGGAAAAGAUUGCUGAGAUUAACACGAAAUAUCUGGCAACUGUGACGACGGAGGUCAGAUGUAGGUGCUGACUACCUGUGCGUUUCGGCACAAACACCCUGCGGUGUUCUUUUCUUUUGUCUUUUAAGUUAAUCACCAAGACUUCUUUCAGGACACAAAAAUGAAUUCACAUGUGAUUUCUCAGCAUUUGUCACGGUUUGUCAGCGUUUUUUAAGUGGAGAACGCCCAAGUCAAGAAGGAAACAAACCAUUUCUCUCAGAAUUACAUGCAAUAUGUUUUCAUCUACUCCCUGACCUGCACUCAGCAGUGGUGCACGAAUGAUCAAGGUUUGCUUGUAAUUUUUCAAGAAAUGUACUUUGGCUCCCUGUUUACUUGCACAAACACUCCUGUUGUUCACAUGACAGGUUAAUCACUCCAGUAAGUCAUCAGAACAAAUAGAUAUAUUUCAGAGACAUAGAUGUUACGUAGUGUUAAUAAUGUAUAUUUCAAUCCGAACCCACAGGAAUGUAGAUUUUGUCUGUUUUUUGUUUUGUUAAAGGAGUAUUUCUUAUGUGGUGCAAGUUAAAAUCGCUUGAUUCUCUAAUGUACAUGUGUACAGAGGUAGACAGACAAACAAACUAAUGAUAUGUAAAGAAUUUCUUUCUUUUUAUUGUUUGCAGUCUUUAUUUAUACCUCCAGGAUGAUCACCAAAUGUGCCUUGUAGACACACGAAUAGGUGUUGCAUCUGGAGAAGGCCUUUUUCUAUACUGUACAUUUUUGCCCUUGACUGCGGUGUCAAAGUUCACAUCACAGCAACAGUGGCCCACUGAUGUGAAACAAUUCACAGCUGUUGUUCCUGUUUUUUCUAUCAUAUCAAAAAUGUUAAACCAGACAAACUAAAAGUUUGAAGUCCAUUUUUUUUUUUUUUUGCUGCUUUGCAAGAGAUUACAUCGGCGUUCUGAGAUUUAUUUGACCAUUUUUUGUUUGUGACUAAAUCUGUUUUUGGAUGUGUUCAACUGAAGACAAGCAAUUUUAUGUUUUGGCUUUUAGAAGCCAGCGCUACUGGGAACUAACAGUCUGUUCCUCAGUUACUGUCACUGUUGAAUGUGAAACUGAGAUUUUUGAUUGUUGACUUCUAUGGAAACAGUGCUACUCUGACCGAGGGCUAUGUUUGCCUAACUCAUGCUGUAUGAUCUUUUUAAGUCUAAAAACGACUUAUAUACUGAUACUGGAAUUUUGUCCUCUGCAGGUUACAACUGUGAAAUUGUGUAUAAUCAUGAGAAAUAUUUAUUAUUGCAUUUGCUUCUUGUGCAACAUUUGACUGUCUCCGUUUUAAUUUGGUAAAAAAAAAAAAGAAAGAAAAAAGCUUCUAAAUGUCAAACGAAAAUCUUUUUAAUAGAAUUUGUAGAAGUGCCAUUAGAAUUUAAUAUAAUUUUUUAAUAAGAAAGGUAUAUUUUAUAGUAAUCAAUUGCUUCAGUGUUAGUGGUGUAGAGAUUAGAGGACAAUCUUUAUGCAGAAUUGACAUUGCUUAGAUAUUGAGGCAAUUUACUUUGAUCUAUAACUUGUAUGUGCAUUUUCUUUGUUUGCGCUUUUGGAGUGUGCUUGUGUGUGUGUGCUGUGGAAAUGUGACAAUCUUGAUUUAGGUCUUUAUUAAGAUUAUGCAUAGAAUUAAAUGGAACAACUUUC